ACUAUUUGAUGAGCGUAGGAAAAUGUAUUUCGCUUAAGAUAUAUGGCUGUGAAGCCAUGUGCUUCUUUGUUUACAAAAACAGCGGCUGUUUGUGGAGUGGUGAAAUUGUGUGAAUAGUUAUAUAAAGAACCUGGAAUUUGGACAUAUAAGAAGUGAGUCGCACAACCGGUGAGAAAGUCUGCGUUUUAGUGUAGUUGAAGAAUAAUCUAAUGAAUUUGUUGUCCUUUUUUUUGUUGCAUGAGACAUAAAACGCGUAUAUUUACUUUGUAGGUGGCCUUUGACAUGCGCGCCCAUAUUUCGGAUUAUUUUGGUAUCAAUGUUGCUUUGACCAUCAAACCAGAAAUUGUUUGCGUAAAUUACUCAAAUCGUUCGGCAAUUAGCAUUAUGGAGCUUGCCAGUAACUUUGCGGUAUCAGGUGUGGAAGCACCGGAUGGUGUGUAGCCACUAGCCAGCUUGCUAACGUUAGCUAGCUAGCUAGUUACGCAACAAAGAGAUUUCGGAAGGAGGGUAAAGACCCCUGAAGAAAGUGGCACAAAUGUUACCUUUCAUUAGCUGCAUUUGUAAGGACGAACAUCUCAACGAGCGCAAAGUUUGUUUAGCUCUGAACUGCAUCACCAGAUUUACCUAGUUAUAUUGUUUGAUUUGUCAUAAUAGCUAAAUGUGUCAUGACUCAUGCCUUAUCUAAUUUUGGAAGUGCACUUUAACAUUCGGUGUGUGGGAGAAUAAUUGACUGCGCACUGAAACCUAUUUACUCGAAGCCAGCUAACUAUUCUGCAAUAGAUUGGCGCUCUAAUAACAUUGCAUAGAGCGUACAUUUACUAUUACAGGGAUGUCCUCGUGUGGAUUUUAGGUGGGGGGAGGGGAAGGUCACGUGGGUGAAACGUUUGUUUACAAUCAAUCUCUGCAACCCCCCCCCCCCCCCCCCCCCACACACACACACACCAGUUCCUCCAUUAGGUUAGGCCAUGGUCAUUGCUACACGUAUGUUUUACAAUGUUACAUUAUUAAUGGACUUUGAUAUUGUGGAUUCAUGAUUUGCUAUUCAGACAUUAACAUGCAAUAUUAUUUCCCCAGUACCUGCAACUGGCCUGGAGCAGUCUAUUCAGACCGUGGGACAUACUGUACCUGCCAAUUCAAUGCCUAGUUUCAGUUCCCUAGGAUUGGGUCAAACUGACCAUUCAUAAGGCCUGAGGGUGAGUGUUAUGGACUGUGGGAACAUGGAGAGUCUAUACAUAAACAUUUUGCUUGCAUCUUUUGAACACUUCACCCCCUAAUUACAUACCGCUGCAUUUCAUUUAAUUAAUGUUUUGAGACCCCAGAUGCCUUACAAGGUUUACUGAGAAUGUUCUGUGCUGGUGCUUUGUGGGGAGCUUGUCUGCUAUGUAAUAAAGUGCUUACAGUGCAGGUAAUGGUUAUGCCCUACCUACCGCAAUGUGAGCACUUCUGUCACAAGGCAGACGCCCUAUCUGCUCAAAUCUGACGUGGUCAUCCAACAUUUUGGUGAUAAAAAGAAGUCCACUUCAUUCUAUUUCCACAAUUACAUCGUUUCUGUAAUUGGUGGGAUCCACUGAACUUGCAAUUUUUGCCCAUUGGUGUCCAAAGUGCUGUUUGUGCAGGUAGAUAAACUAAUCAGACCUACUGCAAAACCAGCACUUCCUGACUCACAGGGUGCACCACUCAUCCAUUUCCACCAGAGGGUAGGAAUUCCUUGGUCACAGUUGCUGCAAAUAACAUUGCCAGGGAUCUCUAGUGUGGGUUUUGCACUAUAAUGAAAGCACAGUCCAGAUGCUGUGUGUCUGAUAUGAAUUCACAAAGGUUUAGAUCCCUUGAAAACAUCCAACCACGUUGCUGCUGGUUCUGGUCAGCUUUGCUGGGUGAACAGUCAGCCUGUGCACCUCGGAGUCGCUGUGCAAACCCAUGCAAAACUGACUAUGACUGGAACUGAUCACCCUUCCUGACUCACUACCCCUUGUCAACACAAAUAAACCUAAUAUCGACUUGCACCUUUGCUGUCUCCUCUUUGACCCAAAUAGGGCCCGGGCCCUUUAGCUACUAUGAUAGCUGUCUGACUGAGUUACACAGCUUGUCUCUUUCCCUGAACAGCCCAGGAGUCAUUUUGUGUUUCACCAUUUUCUCUAAUUUAUUGGAAUUUAUUGCAACUGGUCGUGGAACGUGCUAUGCUUCCUUGUGGUUUUACAUUCUAAGUGGGGCCACUAAGACUAGCUUGUGUUGAGAGGCGGAGUCUUGGGCAAUUGCCGGCAAUCUUAAGAGGCAUUGCACUUGUCUCGGUCUGACAGCACUGGCAGAGCGCGACCACUGGAGCAGAUCAGAUGGGGGCAACAUGGGAAGUGACAGCACAAACAGGCCUGUUAACUCACAGAGAACAGGCAGGGCAAGAAUGUCAACCAUAUUUCUGUAAAGGAUUGUACAGUGGAGGAUAGUAAGAUCACAUGACAAACAGUACAUGAGAGGUAUUUGAAAUGUGACAUGAAGUGUAUGUUUAGAUGAACAAGUCAGAAAUAAAGUGUUUGUUUGGACCCUAUCCAUCUUGCAUUGAGACUUUGUUUUGUUGUAGUAUAACAGAAUGAAGUGCCACAGAAUGAAGUGAACUCUACUGUAGCUUGAAGGUAUUUUAUAAUCAUGCAAUAGUAAUAAUACAGCUUUCAGUGUCGACUAGUAAAUCAAAAUAGUACUUGUUAUUAAGUUGACGACAAAUCAAAUAUUCGAAAUGACAAUAAAUCCCCUUGGUCUUGAGGAGGAUAGCAGUCUCUUAGCUACAACAUCCCAACUUGUGGCAAAGGCCAGUGACGAAUAACAUAUUUUGAACAUCGUGCCAUAUUGUUGUUUGUACUGUAUCAAUCCAUUUUAUUUUAUAAAGCCCUUUUUACAUCAGCAGUUGUCAUAAAGUGUUUUACAGAUACCCAGCCUAAAACCCCAAAUACUAUUGAACAUUGUGUUUUAUCCCUAAUGUGGAGCAUUGGAGAGGUGUCAUGCAUGGCUGGGGAAGAAUAUCUUUAGCAGUAUUAUGAUGAAGUGCCCCUAAAGGAUAUAAUAUUAGUCAUUUUCACUGUCUGCCAUAUAAUGGUAGUUGUGUAAUAUGUUGUCAUAAUGUGUGCCCCAAAACACAACUGCUCAUUUUCAUUGGAAUGUAUGUCUUUGAAGGGGGUGGGGAUAGACUGGUCAGGACAGGCUGGCCAUGAAAGUGGUUUAUAAUCCUCUGCUGUAUCAUUACAGGAUAUUCUUAUUAUGGUGAGUGUGUUUCUGUCAGGGUCUCCCCACUGUUUUGGCGCAUUUCUCAGAUUCCUGCCCUGUCCCCCUCACACCUGUUUAAUCAUCUCUCUGAGACGCCUCUCUGCCUCCUUAAAAGUAUGGCUCUUGCCCGUUCAGGGGGCCUCUGACUCUAUGCCACGACUACAGCCCAGAUGAAGGCCCCUACAGUCAUAUUGCCACCCCUCAGUUCCCCUUUUUCAUUGAUGUUAACAUUUCUGUAGGUGUACAAAUAGGCCUAAUGUUCCUCUUAGGUGUUUUAGAUAGUAGUGACUGUGUUCUCAAAGUGAAGAAUUAAAGGAGGCGGCCCCCAUGCCACAUCGCCUGUCUGGUUCAUGAAGGGUAGUGAUUCUCUUUGUGCUUUCUCAAUGCCCUGCAGAGAACAUGAUGACAAGGUACUGGUAUUUGCCUUAGAUCGCAGAGGUACAAUGUAUUUGUCUCUCUUAGGGUGAUAGUAAAGUAGCGCAAUAUGAGCUCUGACAGCAAUGUGGCAGAAGCUUGCUGUGUGUGUGUGUGUGUACCCUUCUAUGCUAAUCCAUCUCAUACAGACUCUAUUUUAGUUGGCAGUGUCCUAGACCUAGAGCCCUAGAAUUUGAAUGUGCAAACUGCUAAUGAUGACCUAUAAGGGUGUUCUGUGGUUAUGUUCGGUGUAUUUUAGUGAUGUAGGCCUGCCUCAAAGAAACUAAAGUGUUGUCAUUUGUUAGUAACCUGUGACAACAAGGCAGUAAAGACCACUUUUGUUUUCCUUUUUCAGCAGUAUUUACUUGAAACAGAAGUCAACCCUACACCCCCAACCUAAUUUCUGUCUUGCCAAGUAACAGAAGUUAAAACGGAAAACCCCAGCUGUUUUGAGAGAAGGCGUUAAUUUUGCUGUUCAAGCAGGUAUCGUCAAGAAAAGGGCUGUUUUGCGAAUAUUACCCCCUUGGAGUCCAACACAUGUCUCAACAGAGCUUAAAAACUUGAAAAGGGGUUGAAAAGUUUCAAGUAUUCUGUAUAUGUGUCAGUUGAUGUUCAUCAUGCAAUACCAUAUUGGUAGUAAUAUGAAAUGAAGAGAGAGCCUACAAUGUAUCUCUUCUGAAGAGUAUUUCUAACAGGAUCAUAUGCAGCUGUAGUGAGGCCAAAACAUCAAGGGACCCUACUGCCCCAUGCACUGUUUCUGCCCUCAGCGGGUGCCUGGCUGUCAUGAUUUUACAAUGCGUUGUAAGCCUAUUUCAUUUGAAGUUUCACUUUUAUCGUUAAUUCCCUCGGGUACACACUUCUAAUAGUGCUUAAUGAGCGCUUUAACCAUUUCCACGUCUCAAGAAGAAAAGGAUGGUAGAGGUGCAAAGGGUGGAGUUAUUUGGGGUCAAUAGCCAAUGGAAAGCGCCCAAAUUAUGAGAGGCAUUGAGUUCCGUAUUUAUGAACUGUAAAGUUGUCUCAGACUGACACUGGACUGUGAAGAGCGAUACAAGUACAGGCAAGUAAGAAUAUAAUUUGCAAAUGAUCUGCUUCAUAUAAUAUGUGCUUUGAUCAUUAGGCUGGUCAAGAGGCCUGACUAGGUUAAUUCAAUUAAUAUAUUUAUCAUUAUUGUAUAAGGAUAAGUUUGAUUGCAUGCAUCAAUGAUUGAUUGUGUGCCUAAAACAGGAUAUUUUAAAUGAGUUAAUUGAUGCUGUAGACAUAAGUUGGAGCACCAGAGCCUUUGCUGGAGUGAAGUGGGAAGAUCUUUAUAUUCUAUAUAAAAUGUCACUGCUGCUCAGUCAAGGCGUAACUUGUCAGUUUAGGGUCAUGUGUAAUGUAAUUAAUCUAUUAUGGACUGGUAAUUGAAUUGAUUCAUGUGGUAAAUUGAAAUAUUGUGUAGUCUGAUAAAAGUAAAGGAUAUUUUGAUGUAGUUUCAAAUGUGAAAGAAACAAGUCAGUAGUAGUAUUGGCACAUUGGAUGAUAAACUAAGUGAACAGCAAGUUAUGUUUGUGUGUUCUAUGAUCAAAGCAGAAGCAAAUAGAAUUCAUACUGUAUUCUACGCCAGUCAAGUGUCUUUUUGUGUGUUAUCCAGGUGGCAAGGAUGAUUUCUCAGGUUCUCCUGACGGGGACACUAUGCUGCCUACUGCCAGGUCCGUUUCCACUCUAAACUAACAUGUAUGCCUAGAUGGCAACUAAAUAUAGCCUAUAGAACGGGGGCAUAGCUUUCUAUUGCAAACGUGAUAACGCAAACAGAUUUUAUGAAAUAACUUUUUUCAGAAACUUCUGAGUCUGCAGAUAUUUCUGCAGCGAGACCCUUCUCAACACCUCUGACCCUGUUUGUAUUCUCGACACCUUAUCCCUCUCUGCAGGUUUGCUGGAUGCUACACCUCUGAAGGCUAGAGGUAAAAGAAAAUACAACAACGGCACGUGCUUGUUUGAUUGUGUAGCCUACUGUUUGAUUUAUGUUUGACGUGUGUGCGAGAGAGUGUUGGCACGUGAGAAAAAAAUGUUUUAUUAUUUUGCCUAAAUGUGUUGUCCCCAUCCCCCUCUCUCCCACCAUGAUUCCUGUCAUUAAAUGCAGCUGUGGGGGAGGUCAGCAUCGACUCCGCCCAGGCUCAUGGCUUCCUGUCUCAGUCACGCCCCAAACGGAACGUCGACCCCAAGUGGCACCGCGGCACGCCUGAUUUCCAGUCCUACUACAAAUUCUACAACAGCAUAGGCCAUAUUGAAGGAGUGAGUAAAGGGAUCAUAUCAUGAGAGACACUUAAAGCUGAUUUUUGCAUCAUUAGAAUGAAUGUUAAACAGGAUUUACUACAGGUUCUUGUCAUCUGCACAUUCCUCAACCCACCUGAUCACUUAUUUUGUCUUUCCCUCCCUCUCUCAUUCUCAAACCCUGUGUGGAUCUCUCUCUAUUCCUCGCAGCUGUAUGAGAUUGACAGGAUCAGGAUACUGUAUCAGCAGAUGCGUCACCUGGAGCAGGUCUAUGGCCCAGACGCCUCAAGCUACCAGAAUGCCCUGGGUGUGAUAACCCCACCACCCACCACCGCAGCUCCUACUACCACCACACUGCCUCCUACCACUCAGCCCCCUCCUACUACCCUAGCACCACUUUCUCUUACUAAGGCUGACGUCCUGUAUCUGUGUAACCCCAAAGACCCCCUCUGUAAAGCUCACAUCGUCUACCUGCCUGCAGGGGCCAUCCCGGUCCUCUGUGACCCACGCUACAACCCUGCCUGCAAACCCCAAAUUGGCAAGGUGGUCAUUGCUGCCGCACCUAUGGAGCCAGCUCCUGCAGCACCUCUGGAGCCAGCUGUUGAAGUACCUCCCCCACCUCCACCCCCUCCUAAGAAGUCUCUCCAACCUCCUCCACCUCCUCCCAUCGUCAUUAAAGGGAUGGCGUAUGACUGUGACCCUUACUGGGACCCUGACUGCCUGAUCGAUCACCCACCUCGCCCUGUCCAGGCGACUGAGCCACCACCACCACCCCCUACUCUCCCCGCUGUUGUGGGGGAGAAGGAGGAGGUGGUGAAGGAAGAAGUUGUUGCUGAGGAGACUGUAUCACCUUUUGACCCCUAUGAUUACCAGCGUCACCUCUUUGACCCUUACCGCUAUUCUGACCAAGCCCCUGACCCCCAGUAG